AUGGAGCGUCCAAACAUCAUCCGCACCGGUAUUGGCAACUCCACGGACCCUGUCAACAUCGAUGCAAUUCUCACCCUAGGAGGUGACAGCGAUGGCGGCGACCACACCAAUGGUGUCAGCACUGGUCUCAGCACCAUUCCAGACGAACACAACCCCCACCCGCUCACAGACAAGGCACCCAGCAAGCGCCGUCUCUCCUUGCUGGACGAGACAUGGAGCUCGGACACAGAAGAGGAAGACAGUCAUGAGCUCGACAAGGCCAUCGCUGCUCAGAAGGCCUCGCGUACGACUGGCUCCGAAGUCUCCUCCACAUCUAGCAAGAACAACGCACCUAUGCCAACCCCUCAAAAGAAGACUCCCGCUUGA